CCCCGCCCGCCCGGCCCAUGCGCGCCGCCUCCGCCAUUGCUGCGCGCGGGAGCGGCCGACGCGGAGGCUCGGAGCGCGCUCGGAGCCCAGACCUGCGGAGCGCGCGUGGGGCGGCAGCCUCGAGUCCACCGGAACCAUGGUGAAGUUGGGGAACAAUUUCGCGGAGAAGGGCACCAAGCAGCCGCUGCUGGAGGAUGGCUUCGACACCAUUCCCCUGAUGACGCCCCUCGAUGUCAAUCAGCUGCAGUUCCCGCCCCCGGAUAAGGUGGUCGUGAAGACGAAGACUGAAUAUGAACCCGAUCGCAAGAAAGGCAAAGCGCGUCCCCCCAAGAUAGCCGAGUUCACCAUCAGCGUCACGGAGGGUGUCACUGAGAGGUUCAAGGUCUCGGUGCUGGUCCUCUUUGCCCUGGCCUUCCUCACCUGUGUGGUCUUCCUGGUCGUCUACAAGGUGUACAAGUACGAUCGUGCCUGCCCGGAUGGGUUCGUCCUCAAGAACACCCAGUGCAUCCCUGAAGGCUUGGAGAGCUACUACGCAGAGCGAGACUCCAGCGCCCGGGAGAAAUUUUACACAGUCGUAAACCACUACAACCUGGCCAAGCAGAGCAUCACCCGCUCCGUAUCGCCCUGGAUGUCGGUUCUGUCGGAAGAGAAGCUGUCAGAGCAGGAGACAGAAGCGGCCGAGAAGUCAGCUUAGUGAGAUGGGCAAGCUCCUUACAAUGUGUCACUUGAAGGUAACAAAGGGACUUUGAGGGACAUUUCAUUAAAUAUAAUUACUGGUAAUUUAGAGGUUACUUAUUUAUGGUGCAAUUGCUUCUGUUUGCUAAUGCUGCUUUGCAAAUAAAACUUGCUGCCAACCACCGAUGGGCAUAAAACCAAGUGCGUAUCAGCAAUGCUUAAAGAGCUCUGACGCCACCUUCAUGUUAAGGGUUCUUAAUUUAGCUCCUUCGCCAGGUUUAUUGGAUGCUGUCAAAAAAUAAAUGUACACUGGAUAGGUCAGGAGUUUGGACUUCAGAUAAAUACUGCAUUUGGUGGGGUUGAGUUUUUUUAAAGCCACCUUGCUCUCGCACACCUUACUCCACAGCCAUAUCUGCAGUGAUUUCUCACUUUGCUAAGGGCAAGCCCCACUCCUGAUUCUCUCGCCUCCCAUAGCUGCACAGUGCUGACUGCUGAGACGCGCUGCAGUGACAGGUGCAGAGAAGGGAGGAGAGGGGCCGUCCUGACCCCUCAGUGGGGAGCCCUGCGCCAGCGAUGCUCCGUGUGGUCUUAGCACAGCCGCCCCCAGACCACCUCUGGGUCCCCUGUCCCCAGCAUCUUGAUAAAGAGGGGUGGGUGGAGAUGGCAGGGUUCUCUGCAGAGCUUGAGGAGGGGUGGGUAGGGGCAGGCCCGGGCCAAACACUGAACAGGAAGGAACACCGCUGGCCCUUUUGUUAACUCCGAGUAUGAAUACAUUUGCACACGCAGCCCUGCAUGCAGGUUUAAAAAAGAAAUCAGCUGGGUGGGAAAAGUGACAGUGAAAUUGCUGGCAAGCCAGGGGUCCUGUGAGCUUGAUUCUGUGAGAAGAUGGAAUUCCUCUGAUGUGGAAACGGGCGGGGAAGGGUGGAGAGCUUGGGGGAGGGUGCCCUGCAGGUAGGACCCCUCAACCUACAGCCUCUGCAAUUAUGUUUCAGUCUGAAUCUUGACAUUGAAUGCUUACAAAAUCCCCAGUUAGAUAAAAUAAGUGUGUAAGACAAUUAGAUAGAAAAAUGACAUUCAUUGUUACUUCAUGCUAUUUGAACGUGUUGUUUCUGGUGGACAUGUCUAAAGUUUCACUGUCUUUUAGAAGAUCGGAAAUAAAUGACACAUAGUGCAGAUGUGUUGCGAACUAGCAUGGUGAUCACGGUCGCUCCAGUAGCUUCCUGGAAUGUGCUUCUGGGGAGAAACACAUUUUACCAUCCAGGGUGUUUGCAAACAGUGGCCUCAGCAUGGUGGGUGUGUGUCAGAGGCAUGUGCUGUGGAGGACGUUGUCAAGCUGUGGGGGAUGCAUAGAGAGCAAUCAACAUGUGCCAAGGCGAGUCUGCAUUAUGUACUCACACACGAGGCCCACGGAAUCAGCACACCGCAACCCCAUGUGUAUUUCUGUACAUUUAUUGGCUGUACAUUGACUGCAAUAACUUCUGAUGUUUCACUCUGUGCAAAUAAAGAGCUGAGGGUACCCGUGC